UGAGAUAAAGUUUCAUUUUAUCGGAUAACAGGUAUUGUCUUAGCUCUUAGGUUAUGAUGUGGUCAAAAACGUUGUGUAAAUAAAAUUAUGUCGUUGUAUGAUUGCAGGAACCCUGUCAGAUACAAAAACUAGGUCUAUCGUCCCGGUAGAGUUAAACGCGUUAAUUUAUUGGAAUGCAAAAAUAUUGAGUGAUUUCUACCGGGAGAUGAAUAACACCAUCAAGGCAUCGAUAUAUGAAAAUGUUUCUUUAGAAUGGGAAGAAGCAGUAACAGCUGUUUUAUGGGAUGAGAAAGUUGGUGCUUGGCUAGACUUUGACAUAAUUAAUAAUAAAAAACGAAAAUAUUUCCAUCCUACAAAUAUAUCACCAUUGUGGACUGGAUGUUAUGCAAAAAAUAAUACAGAAUACAUUGUAUCAAGGGUAAUUGACUAUUUAAACAAAACAGAAAUACUGCGGACUCCUGGGGGUAUACCGACAACUCUCAGGAAAACCGAACAACAAUGGGAUCAUCCUAACGCAUGGGCUCCGCUACAGUACAUUACAGUUAUGGCUUUGGAAGGCACCGGUAAUGCAGUUGCACAACAAAUGGCAUCAAAAAUCGCUUCUAAGUGGUUGUGCACAAACUUCGUGCCGUAUUAUAACGAAAGUAAAAUGUUUGAAAAAUACCGAGUGGAUAAAGGUGGCAAAAAAGGAAUAAGUUCCGGGGAGUAUCCAAUCCAAGAUGGAUUUGGAUGGACAAAUGGUGUCGUUUUAGAAUUUCUCCAAGUUUAUAAUUCAACAGCAUCCAUGGACAAUUGGAAUGUAACUGCGCCAGACUGCGAUGAUGUAUUAAAGAAACUAAUAAUUGCAAAGAAUAGUAAUAAUUCAAAUAAAAUAGAUAAUGAUUGAUGUAAAAACAAA